AUUGGUGGCGCCCGGCAGCUGACCCGCCAAGGGCGUCGGAGGGGCGGGCUCAGUCUGCUGCGUCGGCUCGGCCAGGCAGCAGCUCCAAGAAGGGGCUUCCUCGCUCGCUCGCUCUCCGUCCCUCCGCCGGGCUUUUCACGGGAGCCAUGGUCUCCCUCCUCUGCUGCGGGCCGAAGAUGGCCGCUUGCGGGAUCGUGCUCAGCGCCUGGGGAGUCAUCAUGCUGGUGCUGCUGGGCAUCUUCUUCAACGUCCACUCAGCGGUCCUCAUCGAGGACGUCCCCACCACCGAAGAAGACUUCACAGGUGGUCCAGAGAAGAUUUACGCCCUGUAUGAGCAAGUCAGCUACAACUGCUUCAUCGCGGCCGGCCUCUACGUCCUCCUGGGGGGCUUCUCCUUCUGCCAAGUGCGCCUCAACAAACGGAAGGAGUACAUGGUCCGCUAAUGGCGCCCCCCCCCCGCCCAGCCCCCAGGCUCUCGCCUCCUGCCAGUGGGGACGGCCCACCCUCUCCUUCUGAUUCUGAUAUUUAUUCCCUCUUUGGACACUGGGGCUCUGCUUUGGGGUUCCUCAGCCGUCGCUCUCCACGCAACGGAUCCUCUGGUCGCCCCAGGUCCAGGGUCUGGCGGCUGGGGAAGGGGGCAGGUGGGUGGGGAGAGAGGGCGGAAUAUUUCCUUUUAAAUCUUAUAUAUAUAUAUCCGUGUGUGUUUGUGCGGGUAAAGUGCAGUUUCCCAACUUGGUCUGGAGCACCUAGUUUACGAAAGGGACAUAUCCAGGGCUGCUCUUGGCUGCUGCACCUUCUCUCUCCCCCCCCCCAGUGCAUCACCUGACCCACUUCUGCCUGCCAACGCCCUCCCUGCGACAGCCUCUCCUCGCCAUCAAAGACCAGCAAGGGCUGGUUUUGGCUGGCCGGACCUCUGUGCCAGGGUUGUUGUGUAAAUAGCACAAGGCGCCCCCCCCCCCCGCAGUAUGUGUACAGUGAAAACAGCCCCCACCUCUUCUUUUCCAAGUCUCUGUUGUCUCUUUAACCGGGGAGGUUAGCACAGUGCUUGAAAGAGCCAGCCCAUUCCAGUCCCAGUCCUUUUUGUGUCUUGAUCCUAGA